AUGGCCAAAGGAACAAUUGUUGUCUCUCUGCGCUCUAAAGGGCUGCCUUCAUUCACCCGAUCAAUUAUAUUUGACUUCCGCUACCAAGCCGUCCAGCUUGCGACGGAGUUCCUGGACCUCUUCUUUGCCUUCGUCGUCUCGAUUGCAUGCUUGUCUUGGUCAGCAUGGAUCAGUAUUGGUAUUAUAAUUGCAACCAUCGCGGCGGCUCAGGGCACGAGUUACACGGCGUCGACGGAAGUGGUCUUGGUUUUCUUCAUGUACAUAGUCCUUCCACUGACCGUCCUUCUCAUCCUAGUCUUCAGCCGGCGCGAUAGAGCGCUGCGCAGCCUGUCCGAGUUUAAGGCGACUUUUGUAUCGCUGCUACUCAGCCGGCCGGCUGGAACGACAGCCGCGCAGCGAGACGCCUCGGACGAACUCUACCGCAGGGCAGCCACCUUUAUCGAGGACGUGCGCCAGUACUUGCAGCACCGUCGCCCUUACGCACGUCAUUUUUUCCUGCCCUACCGGUCAAGCACGCCAAGUCCAACCGAUGAGCUUCUCAAGGUCUCCAAGGAGCUCGGCUUGUGUCUUCGGCGGGUCCACCGCGGCGUUCGUGACAUGCACGUCGCCGUGGGGAGGCUCCGGGAGACAGGCGUCAGCGAACCGCUGGUGCUCGCGUUGGAGUCCAAAGUGUCGGCCCUCCACGCCGCUACGGAGCGGCUCAGUAGCAUCAAGGAGAUGCGCACGCCCGUGGUCCUGCGUGCGACAUUCCGGUGGCUGGUGGUGGUGGUCAUCCCGGUGGCGAUGGGGCCUUUUUGGAACCAAGUCUCUCUGUCCGAAAACAACCGGACGUUCGCGGGCAUACUGGGUGUGUUGAGCCACAUCGCUCUGCUGGGCAUCCUGGACACCGUGGUCGCGAUGGAGGACCCCUUCGACGACACCGCGCUGGACGCCAUCAGCUUGUUUGAGGUGCUGGACCAAGUAGGAGUGCCCGAUCGUAGACCCGUCAUGCGCCAUGUGUCCAGAGGCCAGAUGUUGCGUUUGCUGCGGUUUUGCUGCAGCUAUGUUUGGUUUAAAAGAUGUGGCUCACGUGUGCAGAUGACGAUGCCUGCUAGCGAUGGCGAUGGCUACGAUACGGAAGGCCUGGGGCUUGGCCGUGAUUUCAGCGGCGGUGGCGGCGGUGGUGGUGGCGGUGGCAAUCGCGGCGUCGAAGCCUCAAACGGUGGUGCCGGGCAUCAUCACCCUAUGGCCCACGUCGCGAUGUACAUUAGCGGCGGCGGCGGCGGCGGCGGCGAGGGUGUUGUAGGUACGGCAGGCGACGGGACGGUCUCACCGGUACCUAUGCCGCCCCCGUCGGUGGCGGACUCUGCCGGCGGCGUGUCUUCUGUCGGACCUCUGGAGCAGCAGACCGCGCCGGUCCCGCAGAUGCACCGGCAUGGCGCGAGUUAUCACCACCAUCACCACCAGCAGCAGCAGGUCUCCGGCAUACCGGCAAUGCGCAGCUCCAUCGUCACCUCCGAAACCGCCGUGGGACCCCCCUCCGCUAUGAUGGAACCCUCAAGUACAGCCCUCGGUGUCGGCGGAGGCGGUGUCGGCGGCGGUGGUGGUGGUGGUGGCGGAGCCGGUUUCGGCGGCGUGCCGUCCAUCACCUCACCCGCACUUCCCGACGUGGGGGCAGCGAUCCGCAUGACCCACGUGCCCCAAAUGCCACCAAUGCCGGCGUUGGCUGGGAGCCCGUUGUAUCGAACAGGGGCUGUCGUGCAUUGA